UUAUGUCUUGUUCGUUGGUAAGAAGGUGACGAGUAAAAAAAAAACGAAAAAACAAAAAAAAACAGAGGUUUGAUCGCAAAAGUCCUAAAGGUUUCGACUUUCAAUUUCAUUUUUGCGUGAUCUAUAAUCAACUGGAGCAGAGAUUGUGAUCCAGGGUUUAUCUUCCUGAUUUGCUUUGGUGUUUUGGUAUAUGCAUAAUUGAGAGAGAUGGUGGUCAAGAGGAGGUUAAAUUGUGGCUUUGAUUUCUCCAGUAUUCCCAAGGCUCCUCGUUCUAGCAGGAGGAAGGUAUCAAGUAAGACAGAUGAUGUCAGCGCAAUUGAUCUGCUCGCUUCUCUUGCUGGAAAGUUGUUAGAAGAAAGUGAAAGUUCCUCAAACUCUACCAAUGCAUUCGAAGGGUUUAGUCAUCAGGAUGGGAAGAUGAAGCAAGAACAUGUCUAUAACCAUAAUAAGCCUUGUAAAUCUGACUUCUCUCAUCAAGCAAACCUUGCCUCUUCAAAGUCCCCUAGUGAAAACACUAGCGACGUCUCUUUGGAAAAUGGUUGCGUUUUGGAGCAGACACCGGUUUCUGAUUGUAAGAGCGCUGGUGGUGUGAACCUCCUUGUAGGGUGUGUAAAUAAGAAAGAGGAUUGUGAGUUUCAUGUUGAAUCAGGGGGAGUCACUGAGGAGACAGGUGUUGUUAAUGUAGAUGACGGUGGCUUAAUCGCUGAUACUUUCAGCUUAAAGGAUCCAAGUCAGUUGCCUGUGCAGUCAGUCCCUAAUGGAUAUAGGAAUCGUUCUAAGUUAGUUUGUAGAGAUGAUGACGAAAACUAUUGUAAGUACUAUAAAUUCAGUGACAAAUGUAAUAAGUCGUACAGGCCUUUGACAUGGUCUGGUGGACAUCGAAGAAUCAAGAAGUCGGUGGUUACAAAAUACGGGAGAGCACUCCCUAAGUCCAAGUGUUUUGAAGACACCAAAACAGAUGGUUGUUUAAAGGCUCUGCACCGCAAGAGAAAACUAUGUUAUGGUUACAACCCAUGGAAGCAUGAGACCGUUCAUAGGAAGAGAAGAUUGUCUGACAAAGGAUUGGUUGUAAAUUCUGAUGGAGGACUCAGUAGUGAAAGUGUUACCAAUUCACCUGAAAAGGGAGAAUCAGAAAAUGGUGUUCUCUCUACCGCAAUAGGUCUUCCUUCAGAGGACUCACUUGUAAAGUUCAGCAUCAAGUCCCUUAGGAUUCCUGAGCUUUUUAUAGAAGUUCCAGAAACAGCAACAGUAGGCUCACUGAAGAGGACGGUGAUGGAGGCUGUCACUGCUUUACUAGAUGAUGGAAUAAGUAUAGGGGUGUUAGUCCAAGGGAAGAAGGUUAGAGAUGACAACAACACUCUAUCACAGACUGGUUUUUCUUGUAGAGAGAAUCUAAGCAACCUAGGCUUCACCUUGGAGCCUGGUCCGGAGAAACUUGGUGUACCUCUUCGCUCUGAAAAUCAUGUCAUGUCUAAGCCAACUGAUUCCACAAAGUUGCCAGAAAGGUCCGCAGAUUCUUUAGCGUGUGCAGAUUACGUGAUUAAUUCGACAAACUGUGUGGAGAACAAACAAGAGUUACUACCAUGUCAGAUUGAUGAACAAAAACCUUCAUCAGAUUCAAGAGCGCUGGUUCCAGUUUCAGCCUUGGAACCAGAAGCUCUUGCUAUUGUCCCAUUUAACGAGAAACCUAAGCGCACAGAAGCUUCACAGCGCAGAACCAGGAGACCAUUCUCUGUUACAGAGGUAGAAGCUUUAGUACAUGCAGUUGAGGAACUUGGGACUGGAAGAUGGCGUGAUGUGAAACUGACUUCUUUUGAUAAUGCAAGUCAUCGAACCUACGUGGACUUGAAGGACAAAUGGAAAACUCUUGUUCACACGGCAAGUAUUUCACCGCAGCAACGAAGAGGAGAGCCAGUGCCACAAGAACUGCUAGAUAGAGUCUUGGCAGCACAUAGGUAUUGGUCACAGCACCAAGUUAAACAGAACGGGAAACAUCAAGCGGCUGCAACUAUAGUGAUUGAAUCAGGUCCAUCCAUGUAAAGAAGGAGAAGGUAUUACAAUGACUUUCACUUGAAGACAAAGGAAGCAACGUGGGCAACUGUACAAAGAGCAUAACAACAGAUGCAUAUCUUUUUUAUUUUUCAUUUUUUUUUCCAACUUGAGAUUUUUAAUCAUAGCUGGCAGAAACAAGACAUUUGUUCAUUUCAGUUUCUAAUUGAUUUGAUUCUGUAAUAUGGUAUAUUGGUUGGUAGGUUCUUGAAGACAUUCUUUUAUUUAUUUUUUGUAAUA